UGACAUUAAAAUUUGACAUUUGACAACGUCAAACUAACAGCAGUCGUACACAAUGAAAGGCCCGUUCUUUUCAAAAUCACACUGUCCUAAUUUUAUAAUCUGUGAUUAGUUGACAGUUGUGUUAUUUUGUUGACUGUCUGAAGAAAAAAACUGUCAGAAAGUUGGAAACAUCUUUUUGUUUUGUAGAUUUUGUAAUUAUUUACAUUAAAUUAACGCUCAAAUUGAAGCAUAACAACAGACUAUUACAUAAAUAAAAUGCUGCGGUAUCGAGGCAAGCAGAAAGUGCUUGAUAAAGUGAAAGAAUUCGAUGCAUUUCCCAAAGUUCCUGAAGAAUACGUGGACUCCACGCCGGUCGGCGGAACAUUCUCUCUUAUCACCUUUUUAAUUAUAAUGUUUCUUGUUGUUAGUGAGGUUUCACACUAUUUCGAUAGCAGCCUCGUUUUCAAGUUCACUCCUGAUACUGAAAUGGACGAGAAACUACGAAUAAACAUCGACUUAACAGUUGCAAUGCCUUGCUCGAAUAUUGGAGCGGAUAUCCUGGACUCCACCUCUCAGAGCGUGUUUGGUUUCGGAGAACUGGAGGAGGAGGACACGUGGUUCGAGCUGGAGGACCACCAGAGAGAUUCCUUUGAAGCUGUCAAGUACCUGAAUUCAUAUCUGAGAGAAGAAUACCAUUCCAUUUGGCAGCUGUUGUAUAAGAGAGGCCACGGAUCCAUCCGAGCGACCAUCCCUGAGAGACGAGUCAAGCCUAACAGGAAGCAUGAUGCGUGCAGACUGCAUGGAGUUCUAAUAUUAAACAAAGUUGGUGGUAACUUUCAUAUAACUGCUGGUAAAAGCAUUCAUUUGCCACGAGGGCAUAUUCAUUUAAACAUGUUGUUUGAUGACAGUGCACAGAACUUCAGUCACCGUAUAAACCGCCUUAGUUUCGGUAGUCCAGCUCACGGAAUAGUUUAUCCUCUAGAAGGGGAGGAGAAGGUCACUUCAGAUGACAGCAUGUUGUUUCAAUACUUUGUAGAUGUCGUACCAACAGAUAUAGAUACAACAUUUGAGUCAAUAAAGGCUUACCAAUACUCUGUAAAAGAACUAGAGAGACCCAUUAGUCAUUCAAAAGGAUCCCACGGGGUUCCCGGUAUUUUCUUCAAGUAUGACAUGGCUGCAUUAAAAGUAAAAGUGUAUCAAGAGAAAGAAAACAUUGUGCAGUUCAUAUUAAGACUAUUCUCAAUAAUCGGUGGUAUUUAUAUCAUAGUAGGCUUUCUAAAUGUAGUAACACAAAGUAUUUUUAAUGCAUUCCGUAAAACUUCUGCCCCAAAUGUACUGCAGCACACACACAAAUCACAUUCUUAUGAAAAACCAUUAGUUAACUCAUUAUUGAUAUCUCAAGAUCUAAAUGUUCCUUUGGAUAUUUUAAAUAAAUGAUAGCAACCUAA